AUGGCUGAAUAUUCGGGAACUCGCCUCUACUUGGGCAAUCUUCACAAAGAUGCUAGGAAACAAGAGGUUGAAGAUUUCUUCAAGGAACAUGGCAGUGGAAACAUCGUUGAGGUUAAACUCAUGAAUGGCUUCGGCUUCAUUCAGUACGAUAACGAGGCUGACGCGAAGGAUGUGGUUCCUGCCUACCAUGGGCGCGACUUCAAGGGCCAAACUCUUACUGUACAGUUUGCCCGUGGUAAUCGUCAUCAACCUCGCCAUGAAUAUACUGGUGGAGCGGAUCGCAGCUUCCCACGCCCUAGGCGCACUGCUUUCAGAAUGAAUGUUACUGGCCUUCAACCCGAUACGAGCUGGCAGGAUCUCAAAGACUUCGCACGCAGGUCCAAUGUCGACGUUGUAUUCUCCGAGGUCAGUCGUGACCGUGAUGGCCGUGGAAUGGUCGAAUUUGAGACCUACGAAGACCUCAAAAGAGCUGUCAGUUCUCUCGAUGGCACUGACUUCAAGGGCGCACAUGUGAACUGUGUCGCCGAUCCGGACCAUGACGCACCACCACGCGGCGGUCAUGGACCUCCUCGUCGUUCUGUCUCUCCCCGGGCCUACGGAGGCCGCCGCUAUUCUCCAGGCCCCGGUGGCCGUUACCACUCCCCACCCCGUCAUGGGCGUCGUUACGAUUCACCUCCAUCUCGUUACCGUGAGCGUUCCCCCGCUCCUCGUGGAGGUGGUGGAGGUCGCGAACCAUACUAUGGUGGUGGUGGCGGCCGUGACAGGUCCCCCCCGCCUAGGCGCGCACCUCCAGCGGCCGACGAAUACCCACCCCCACGCGGUGGAGGAUACGGAGGCCGUGAUGACUACCCGCCCCCCAGGCGCUACGAUGACGACACAUAUGCCGGAGAGGCAGGAGUCCACCACGAGGGCCACCACCGAGGGGUUAUGAUGAGUACGAAAGACGUCGUUUUUAGCUGA